CACGCCCCAAUCCUGUCUCGCCUGUAGCCCAAACGCCCAUCGGAGCCUUUCAUCUUCACGCUUUCACUGCCAUUUCGCAUAUUUCAUCCGUCGACAGUCUUCGCUACGUGUAGCGUUGCGGGAGUCGUGUUUGAACUCUUGGAAUCCUAGCGUAGCACACCUCCGUUUCCACGAACACCAAGGAUUGGCAAGUUUCACAAAAUGUCCAAGCUCGAGUUGAAGCUCCCGCCUGUUAUGGAGCGGAGAUAUAAGCUAGUUCGCGAACUAGGACAGGGUGCUUAUGGAGUUGUCUGCGCUGCUCAGAAUUUGGAAACUGGGCAAGAAGUUGCCAUCAAAAAGGUUCAAAAAGUGUUUGAGAAAUCGAUCCUUGCCAAGCGGGCUUUGCGAGAGAUUAAGCUUUUGCGCCAUUUCAAUGGUCAUGAAAAUAUAACGUCGCUGCAGGAUAUGGACGUCACCGAUCCUCAAAACUUUAACGAAGUGUAUAUCGUGCAGGAACUGAUGGAGGCGGAUUUACAUCAAAUCAUCCGCUCCGAGCAACCCUUGACAGACGCGCAUUUUCAAUAUUUCAUUUAUCAGAUUUGCCGUGGUUUGAAAUAUAUCCAUUCAGCCAACGUUUUGCAUAGAGAUCUGAAGCCUGGGAAUCUGCUUGUGAAUGCCGAUUGCGAAUUGAAGAUUUGUGAUUUCGGGUUGGCCCGUGGGCUUUCUGACACACAAACUGGAUUCAUGACGGAGUAUGUUGCGACGCGAUGGUAUCGUGCCCCAGAGAUCAUGCUUUCCUUCAAGAGCUACACCAAAGCUAUCGACAUGUGGUCUGUCGGAUGCAUCUUUGCAGAGCUAUGUGGUGGAAAGCCGCUUUUUAAAGGGCGCGAUUAUGUGGAUCAACUAAACCAAAUUUUGAGUAUUCUUGGAACACCUGAUGAUGCAACACUCAGGAGGAUUGGAAGUGAACGGGCGCAACUGUAUAUUCGCAGUUUGCCAAAGAUGAAGAAAAUUCCUUGGGCGCAACUGUACCCCAAAGCGAGUCCAGCAGCUUUGGAUCUACUUGAGAAACUUCUUACAUUCGACCCUGCCGCUCGGAUAACAGUUGAGGAGGCAUUGGCUCACCCAUAUCUGGAGGCCUACCAUGAUAUGGAGGACGAGCCUUCCCACGACCGUCAAUUUGACUUUUCGUUUGAAUCCGUCGAAUCUGUCGAGGAAAUGAAAAAAAUGAUCGCGCAAGAGGUCAUGGAGUUCAAAGCUCAGAAAUUGCAACAGGUUAACGGCACUCUACCCAGGCCAAAGGAAAGUUUGCCUGGUCCAACGCGCGAUGCUGUAGUCGCAGUAGCACGUGAAGAAGAUGACUAUAUGGGGGGUGCUGUGGAUCUUGACGAUGAGCUCCGCAUGCGGGAGCAGAGACGUUAGCGUGGAUGACUCUUGUAGUUUUCCUUCAACUGAAUCGCCUUGUGCCUAUGAGCCGAUAUGCCGAAAUGUUAGCCCGAGGCGAAUAGAGGGGUGUCUGUUUUGCUGAUAUGUUGUCCACGUUUGUGGCGGACAAAGAUCACUAGUUGGGUCUAAAUACACACAGUGCAGAUGAUGCUGUUUCUACAGUCAUGCGCUGAUCUUUGCCUUUACGACAUGCAAAAUGGUCCUAAAGUCUUCCCACGGAAUAUAAUCCACUGACUCUCUGAUGCAC